CGUCGUCAUCUUCCAACGUCGUAAAUGCCGUUGCACCUUCCAGUCCACACAAGCACACACUCGCACACUUGCUCACGCACCUCCCUUCUCGCUAAGCUGCACAUUGUCCAUACACAGAGACAAGAUGGCCAGCUCGCUCGCUUCCACUUCGAGCCGCGGUCUGCUGACGACAUGUUCCGCACACGCACACCCGCUCAAGAGCAGUCGCAAGGCAUUUGAAAAGAGCGCGAGCGCUCGGAUGAUGGCGCGCUUGAAUGGCGAACGAUGCAGAUCCGUGUCCACCCAGGCUGCAGGUCUUGAAUCGGCCGUGGGAUCCGAAGGACCAGGUGCUCACAGCCUCGCUGCCGAAGCGCAAACGCCUUCUUCACCUCGUGGUGCGCUAGAGAGGACUACUCAGGGACAAACGGAGCCACAAGAUGCAAAGCUUCAAGUCAGAAGCUCGAGAGGUGCAGGUCAAAGCGAUGCUUCGUUGGAUGCGCACAAGGCUGAAUUGAGGAGGAAAGCGCUAAGAAGCGCUGCUGUGGACGCAAUGAUGCCUUUGACUUCCACUCAAACGCGUCAAACGGGUUAUCGACCGGUCCAAGCCCGACUCUCGCCCGUGACGGCGAGGGAGUUGACGCUGUCGCACUUGGUCGCCGCUUCUGCUCAAGUAGGCCACUCUCGGGCAAACACGUCUCGACAAGCUGCUCAGCAAGUUUACGGUUUCAGGCACGAUAUAGCCUACAUUGAUUUGGAAAAGUACACUCUGCCCGCCCUCAGACGAGCGGCUAGCGUGGUGAGAGAGACGACAAAGAGGGACGGUGUGGUGUUGUUUUGCGGAACGGCUCCUGGAACGCAAGACGCCGUGCUCGCUGCUGCUAAACGGUUGGGAAGGAACGGAUUUCACGUGACAAAGAGCAGGUGGAUGCCUGGCGUUUUGACCAAUGCGCCCAACCUGCUCGCCAAGGCUACGUUGAUGGGAGCGGAUCACUACUCGGAGACGUUGCGCGACAGGGCGGAGCGCAAAAAGGAGCGCCAGUCGGAGGGGUGGACGGACAAGGAUGAGGCGGAGCUGCAAUCGCGCUUGGAUCUGGUCAGGUUGUCCAUGAGGGAACUUCAACCUGAUCUAUUGAUCGUCUUGAACCCCAAAGCUAAUCUUCACGCUAUCAGGGAGGCUACAUCUAGGGGUAUCCCCACCAUCGGAGUCACGGAUACGGAUGUGGAUCCUAGGAUCGUGACGUACGCCAUUCCUGCCAACGACGAGAGCACUAGAACUGCAGAAUUAGUGGUUGGUCUAUUGAGCAAGGCGGGACAAGAAGGAUUGAAGGAUAGGGAAUUAGCUCAGAGGGUGGCGGAGAGGAUGGUGAUUCAGCGCGAGGCGCAACGUAGGGAACAACACAGGCUUACAAGGGAAUCGGAAAGGAUCGCGAGGGAACAGGCUAAAGCUGCCACGGCUUUUGGUGGAAGGUCGAUAUAUGGCAAUUAGACGCGACGAUGCGGACCCCUUUCUCUCGCUCGUGGGAAAUUACACCAUUGCAAAGCCAGUCUCGGGGCGAGCGUGUGCGUGAUCGUGUUUCGAGGUUUGUGAUUGCGACUUGUAUAUUGUAGCGAUACAUGU